GGAACGUCACGACAAUCAGGGCGGAAGUGACGGCCUAAAUCCCGGCGCAUGUGUCUGUACUGUGUUCAGUGUUUAAAGCUAGAAGUUGUGUCAUAGUCACAAUACACACCAUGUCGUCUGGUGGUGAAGUAGUGCUUCGGGCCGUGGAGACGCCUCUCUUCUGGCUGGGCGCGCUGACCGCGGCCUGGCUGUCAGUGUGCUCCGUGUACAGACUUCUAGCCGGGAUCAAGGUAUGGCUGCUGGGCAACGGGCGGCUAGUAUCUCCCGCCACACUGGGCAAGUGGGCAGUUGUGACAGGAGCGACGGAUGGAAUCGGCAAGGCUUAUGCUGAAGAGCUGGCACGCAGGGGCUUCGCCAUCGUGCUCAUUAGUCGCUCUCAAGAGAAGCUGGAUGAAGUAUCUAAAGCGAUUGAAAGCAAAUGUGGUGUGAAGACAAAAACCAUUGCAGCAGACUUUAGUGCAACAGAUAUUUACGCCAAGAUUGCAGAUGGACUUGAAGGACUGGAAAUUGGAGUAUUAGUGAACAAUGUCGGGAUAUCCUACCCAUACCCAGAAUUCUUCCUCAACGUCCCUGAUCUUGAUAAUUUCAUUGACACUUUGGUGAAUGUCAACAUAACGUCAGUAUGUCAGAUGACACGCCUUGUUCUGCCUCAAAUGGCUGAAAGGAGGAAGGGCGCCAUCCUCAACAUCUCUUCUGCCAGUGGAAUGUAUCCUGUUCCUCUGCUUACGGUCUAUUCUGCAUCCAAGGCGUUUGUGGACUUCUUCUCUCGAGGACUGCAAGCUGAAUACAAGAGCAAGGGGAUCAUCAUCCAGAGUGUUCUGCCAUUUUUUGUUGCAACGAAACUGAGUAAGAUCCGAAGGGCCACGUUGGACAAGCCAAGUCCAGAGCGCUACGUCGCCGCAGAGCUCAACACCGUGGGCCUCCAGACCCAAACCAAUGGCUACCUGCCUCAUGCCAUCAUGGGCUGGGUGAGUACUGUUCUGCUCCCUGCCAACAUCCUCAGCAGACACGUGAUGGGAAUGGGCCUGUCCCAGCGUGCUCGUUACCUCAAGAAGCAGAAGCAGGGCUAGGGCUCAGCGGAGGCUGAGCGCCACCAGCUGUGCUCACGCCUCGUCUGACUAGCGUCAUCAGCAUCAUCAGCGCGGACCAAGGAGAGGAAAAAAAACAACAAAUCAGUUUCCCUCCCCUUUAGAAACGGCAAGUCAUGGAUGAUGCGAGGCAGCUUCUGGCCUCAAUCUGUGAUGUGCAUUAAUCAUCCACUUUAAUCAACUAAUUGCAGAUUUACAUUUUCUCGGCUAAAUCCUAACAAAACACUUGACUAUGUUUUCAAGGUUAAUGUGGGUUUUAUCUUUUUUAUAUACUGUAAUCUUCUAUGUAAGGCAGUAUAACGGACUAGUUUUUUUAAUUUACAGUUAAGAUGAAAUUAAAACAUGUCAAUCAUGUGAGAAGUGUUUUGAAACAACCGUAUUUUUCUGAGUUUAAGUCGCUCCGGAGUAUAAGUUGCACUUGCCGAAAAUGCAUAAUAAAGAAGGAAAAAAACAUAUAUACGUCGCACCGGAGUAUAAGUCGUACCUGUCGAAAAUGCAUAAUAAAGGAAAAAAACAUAUAUGAGUCGCACUGGAGUGUAAAUCGCAUUUUUUAGGGAAAUUUAUUUGAUAAAACCCAACACCAAGAAUAGAAAUUUGAAAGGCAAUUUAAAAUAAAGGACCAGUUUUUUUUUAUUUUUAUUUACAGCUAUGAUGAAAUGAAAACAUGUCAAUCAUGUGAGAAGUGUUUUGAAACUACCGUAUUUUUCAGAGUAUAAGUCGCUCCGGAGUAUAAGUCACAGCUGUAGAAAAUGCAUAAUAAAGAAGGGAAAAAACAUACGUUGCACUGGAGUAUGAGUCUCAUUUUUGGGGGAAAUUUAUUUGAUAAAACCCAACACCAAGAAUAGAAAUUUGAAAGGCAAUUUAAAAUAAGGGACCAGUUUUUUUUAUUUUUAUUUACAGCUAAGAUGGAAUGAAAACAUGUCAAUCAUGUGAGAAGUGUUUUGAAACUACCGUAUUUUUCAGAGUAUAAGUCGCUCCGGAGUAUAAGUCGCACCUGUCGAAAAUGCAUAAUAAAGAAGGGAAAAAACAUAUAAGUCGCACUGGAGUAUAAAUCGCAUUUUUUGGGGAAAUUUAUUUGAUAAAACCCAACUCCAAGAAUAGACAUUUGAAAGGCAAUUUAAAUUAAAGGACCAGUUUAUUUUUUUUUUAUUUACAGCUAAGAUGAAAUGAAAACAUGUCAGUCAUGUGAGAAGUGUUUAGAUAUUACUGUAUUUUUCAGAGUAUAAGUCGCACUUGCCGAAAAUGCAUAAUAAAGAAGGAAAAAAAAGAUACAGUAUAUACGUCGCAUUUUUGGGGGAAAUUUAUUUGAUUAAAUCCAACACCAAGAAUAGAAAUUUAAAAGGCAAUUUAAAAUAAAGGACCAUUUUUUUUUUUUUUAAUUUACUGCUAAGAUGGAAUGAAAACAUGUCAAUCAUGUGAGAAGUGUUUUGAAACUACCGUAUUUUUCAGAGUAUAAGUCGCUCCGGAGUAUAAGUCACAGCUGUAGAAAAUGCAUAAUAAAGAAGGGAAAAAACAUAA